CAUUGUAUUCACCCUUAUUCAUCAAUAAAAUCUAUUUUUACCUACUGGAAAUUGAUUACAUCGUUGUGUUCUAAAGAUAUUGUUGCCCACAUCAUUUUAUCUUCCCUAGAUUAAACUCUCGAUCAUUAUCAAAGUAGAUUUUAGGAUCUACAAUCUCUGCACAUGGUAAAAUCAUGUUUUGCACCCACAGUUUCUCAGUUCAUUACCUUUUAUAUUUUCCUUAUUCAUAAUGCACACAGAAUCAAAAUUCUACCUUCUCCCCUGCAUACAACUCUAUGUUGACAUGCUGGACUUAUUAUAGUAUUCAACGUAUUUACUAAGGCUUAAAAUCCGGACAAGAGGAUGAUUUUUCUGCUGAAAGUUUUUCGUUGUUCUUUUAUAUAUAGUUCAGUGAAUGGGAUUGAAAUAUCCAUUAAAUAAAUCCUAUGUGCUAUACUAUAUCGUCCCAACAUCGUAAUAAUGCCCCCCGUCACAUCUGUAUUUGGUCACUUAUAUUAUGUACGGCACAUGAAUAUUCAUAAUGAUAUUGUAUUGGUAGUUUGGUACACAUACACAUUUGACAGUUACAUAUGCCAGUUUUGAAUUCGACCGUCACAUGUUUAGUAAAACUCCGAAUACCAUUACUCAUCUGACGGCUACAAAACCAUAUAUAUAGAGGAGUCACACGCACUUCGAUUUAUAGUUUUCCAUAUUAUCAAACCAUUUCUCAACAUUGAAUUCAAAACUCAACAAUGGAGAAUGAGAAAGGUGAGAGUUCAAGUACAUUCAAAAUGGAUAAUUCUGCACAGGAGAGGAGUUUACCGUAUGUGCCAGAUUGUUACGCUGUCCCACCUUCCUACGAGCCACGUGAUGCGCUCGACUCAAAUUCUGAAAUCGUACCAACGAUCGAUAUUUCUCGCUUGAAAAGCAGCGAUGAUGAGCGUCGAGGGGUUAUUCAAGAGCUAAGUUCAGCUUGUCAGCGUUUCGGGUUUUUUCAAAUAGUGAACCAUGGAAUCAACCAGAACAUACUAGACGAUGCGUUGGAGGUUGCGCACGGCUUCUUCGAGCUGCCGGCGAAGGAGAAAAAGAAGUUUAUGUCGAACGAUGUGUAUGCACCGGUUCGGUACACUACGAGUAUCAAGGACGGUUUGGACAAGAUUCAGUUCUGGAGGAUAUUUCUGAAGCACUAUGCACAUCCACUUCACCGUUGGAUUCACCUCUGGCCUCAAAACCCACCCGAAUACAGGGAAAAAAUGGGAAAGUUUUGCGAAGAAGUGAGGAGUCUAUCUCUCGAGAUAAUGGGAGCGAUAAGAGGACUAGGAAGAGACAACCUGUCGUCCCGGAUGGACAAAAACGGCAUGCAAGUCAUGGCCGUCAACUGUUAUCCACCGUGUCCGGACCCUACGGCGGCGCUAGGCCUGCCGCCGCAUUCAGACUACAGUUGCAUCACCAUCCUUCUACAAAACUUAACCGGUCUCGAGAUCUUUCAUCCGUCGGCUCACGGUGGCUCUGGCCGCUGGGUUCUUGUACCAGAAGUCAAAGGUGUACUCAAGGUCCACAUCGGUGACCAUGUGGAAGUGCUAAGCAAUGGAUUAUACAAGAGCGUCAUUCACAAAGUUACUUUAAAUGAAGAGAAGACGAGAAUCUCCCUCGCGAGCUUGCAUAGUUUGGGUAUGGACGAUAAAAUGAGUGUACCAUACCAGUUGGUUAACAAUGAAAAUCCGGCUCGGUACAGAGAGAGCAGCUUUAACGAUUUUCUUGAUUUUCUUGUCAAGAAUGACAUCUCUCAAGGGGAAAGGUUCAUUGACACUCUUAGAAUCAAGGACUGAUCGAGUUAAAAAAAAAGGACUGAUCGAGUAAUAGCACGUUGGUCAAGUGUAACAGGAAGAAAGACUAGUUUGGUUUGCUACGUACGCGAUCUAUAUAACACAGUUCAUGUCCUCGUUCCUUUAGCCUGUGUGAUAACGUGGACAUUAUAGAGAUCAGAGGCAUGCAAUAUAUAUAUGUGUGUUAAAUUGUAAUGCCAUAAAUACUGUUUUAAUGAAAUCAAAGCAUUUCCUUCCCUAUUCCCAAACUCACUGACACCGAAAUAUAUACAAGCAUUGCAAUCGAACCGGUUCGGGCCGGUUUUAUAUAAAUAUAAUAUGUUAUUUAAAAAAAAAUAUAAUAACAAAUGUAUCAGCUUUUUAUAUGUAUAAAUGUUUUAUCGGAGUUUAGUAAAAAAAAAAAAUACAAGCAUCUAAUUGUAUCUCUCUGUCGAACAUAUUUAAAGAUUAGAGAAUCAAUUGAUUUUGAACAGAAUGAUUUUA